AUGGCAGGAUGGCCGGCAUCCAACAACCAGAAGAUGAAUUCUAGAGCUUUGAAAGAGAAUGAUACGUUGUUGGGUCCCUUGCUUUCUCCUAGUUCUGGUAUUGAGUUGAUGCAGAAUUGUGAUCUACCUCCUCCAUUGAAGGUCUUUUCUGGGUCGGAUAAGACUGUCAUGUCAUCGAUGAAUAAGGCUUUUAGCAUGAUGGAAAGAGAACAUGAUCAUUGUGAUUUUCAUGUGUAUAGAGGCCGUAGUCGUGAGAAUUAUGAGAAAUUGGAGCUUUUGAAGGCAUUAAGGUUGUCGCAAACUAGAGCAAGGGAAGCAGAGAGGAAGGCUGCAAGUUUGAUUAAGGAGAGGGAUUCUGUCGCCAAUGCUUUGUUUCAUGAGUCCUUGCAGUUAUUUGCUUAUCGGCAAUGGGUGAGGUUGCUUGAGUUUCAAGUCUUGAAGGCACAAGCACAGUCGCAACAACAAGAAAAGAAAUUGUCUUGCGGUUGCUGUACAUCAAAAGAGGUGAAAGACCAGUUGGAAGAACAGGGUUCAGAUAAUGGGAGGAGGGGAUCUUGGAUUGAUGUAGCUUUGACAAUUUGUCUGGGUAUUGUUGGCUUAGGACUUGCAUUUCGUUCCUGUUAUUUGUUAUAA